AUGGCGACAGAGGCAUCGCAAAAGGGUGGCUCUGCAACCAGCCAUGUGCUGCCGGUUGUGUUUCCGCCAGCAUACGAUGUCCAAAUCGAAGACCAGGAGUGGGAUUCGAAUUUCGAACUUGACAAUAGCCCAUCCGACUCCUCCCUGCCCGAAGCAUAUAAUCUGCAGCUAUUUUUGUCCCCAGAGGCCAAGACAACUACCAUGCAGGGCAUGGACUGGACAGCCGAGCUGAUUGUCUAUGCGAAGAAUCAUAAAUAUGAUGCGCCCCCUUCGAAAAGAAGGAGCCUUCUAAACUUCUCCAUCUUUCAACAACUCUUCACUCCUACCAUUUCAGCACUGCAUCCCGUUUGCAAAUCAAGGAUGACAAAAGUAGAGGCACAUCAAACGGAAGCCCCUACAGCUAGCGAUGGACCGCCAGAUAUACCUCCGCCAUCAUACGAUAAUGUCCAAAUCGGAGAUCAGGACCUUGAUUCAAAAUCCGAACCGGAUGACGGCUCAUGCGACUCCCUACCCGAUAAAUAUAAUCUGUGGCUAUCGUUCUUCCCAGAUGCAAAGAUAACUACUAUGGAGGGCGUGGACUGGGAGGCCGAGCUGAUUGUCUAUGCAAAGAAUGUGCAGAAAUUGAUGAAGGAUGGCUUCUACUGGACAGAGGCAAACGUGCAAAAGAACAAGGGAUACCUUCUUAUCGGACGGGAGUCCCUUCCGUCUGAAAUUAGGCAGGAUGGCCAUUGGAGCCACGCACGCUGCUAUCAGCUUUCCGACAGAUCAAGCCAUUCAACUACAACAGGAGACAUCCAGUGGCUCGCGACCUUGUGGGUCUAUGCCCACGAAGUCUCCGUUUUAUCCAAUUUUCGGUUGCACGACCUAUCGGUCAACAAAAUAGCAAGUGCACAUGCCAAGAACACCGAGGGGCGGAUGAUAUACGAAUUCAAUGCUACUCUACCACAUUCAAACUUCAAUGCUAUCUAUGACGACAAGCCGUUGAAGGGGUGGUGGCCAUGGCCAAAGCAGAGCUAA